UAGUCCCACGCACGGCACGGGUUGUGUUUGCUCCUAUCCUGUUUGCUUGGCUGUGAGAGAGGGUUCCGAUCGGCCCCUCAGACAGUCAACAGGAAGUCGACAUCGAACGUCGUUCGACAACAUUUCAUCACGUAUAGUGGUGAUGGGCGGAAAACUCCCCGAUAAAAUGUGCCAGUGCUAAAAAAUACGUUGUAAUGUAUUUGUGCAUCAUAAACACUUUGCUAAGUUAAUUUAAUCAGUUAGCGAUAUGAUGUCGGAAGACAUUCAUCGCCUUGAGGCCCCAAAAGAGGAAGUCUGUGGGCUAAUGAUUAGGAAAAAGGCCACUGCAGAACACGAAUUCAAAAAACCUCAGCCGCCAAAAGUUUCUCUUCUCGGCCUCGAUGCACUUGCAAGGGAACGUCGCCUCCAGAAAGAACGAGAGUCAGAGAAACACAGCAAUAGGGCCAGGGACAACUACCAUGAAGGGCUUCGAGAGUCUGUUAAGGCCCGUCCAGAAAGGCACUAUCGUGAUAGACUGGUCGAGACACCCACGCAUACCGGAGGGGUAAAAGAGAACUUUGAGCGAAGAAAGGCACUUCAGAGUCGAGGUAUCGAGGUCAAGAACGACCAGCGGCAAAAAGAGCGCGAAAAAAAGGAUGACCAUCGAAAUGAACGAUCGAGAAGUCGCGACGAUCGAGCGAGUCCAAGGGAUCGAGAUCGAGACCGUAACCGUAACAGACGUUUCAAAUACAGUAGUCACAGUCAUCGUGAUUUAGACAUAUCGGAACACCGAAGCAGAUCCCGUUCUGACCGAUCCGAGCGAUCACAACGCACUGAGAAAUGGGACAGGCGUGAUUUUUCGGAGCGAUCCUAUCGAGAUAGGUCUCGUGAAAAAGAGCCAUCGUCAACGAGAAGCGGCGUUAGCGAUUCGUCCCGGAAAACUUUACAGAGUGAGCGAAAGAAUUGGAGCAUUCGUUCAGAUCGUAGCACGAAAAAAGACAUGGAAACACCUAGGCAUCUUAAACCGUAUGAUACACCAUCGAAUUCAAAUUGGGAUGAUGAAAGCAGCGACCUGAGGAAAGAAGGUUGGGAGGAAGAUGAUGACUGGAACGCAGAGCAGGUUCGCUUGGACCGUGAAUGGUAUAUGAUGGAUGAAGGCAAAGACGACCCAAACAAUUUGUUUAACGACGUUCCUCAGGACUACCUGAACAAGCGGGAGCAACAGCUUGAACAGCGGCGACAAAAAAAACUUUCGGCGAGGCAACGUCAAUUCAAUGCGGACACCGAUAAGUGGGAGACAAACCGAAUGCUUACCUCGGGUGUGGUGCAACAACUUGAAGUGGAUGAUGAAUUGGACGAAGUGGCUGAGGCAAAAGUGCACGUCCUUGUUCAUAAUAUUAUUCCACCGUUCCUCGAUGGCCGUAUCGUGUUUACCAAACAGCCGGAGCCGGUCAAUCCGGUGAAGGAUCCGACCUGCGACAUGGCAGUGGUAGCACGAAAAGGUAGCGCUGUGGUCCGUUUUUUUCGAGAGCAAAAGGAGCGGCGAAAAGCGCAAAAAAAAGAGUGGGAACUUGCUGGAACAAAGUUGGGAGAAAUCCUAGGAGUGAAGAAGGAAGAUGAGACAGACGAACGAAAAGACUAUAAAGAGGAAAAUCAGUAUGCUAAACAUAUGUCUGAAAACAACUCUGAAGAGGCAAAGAGUAGCGAAUUUGCCAAGAAGAAAACCAUCACUCAACAAAGACAGUAUCUACCAGUAUUCGCUGUCCGAGAAGAACUACUCAAAAUUAUUCGUGACAAUCAAGUUGUCAUUAUUGUUGGUGAAACAGGAUCUGGCAAGACUACCCAACUUACACAGUAUCUACAUGAAGAUGGCUAUACUAAAUACGGCAUGAUUGGGUGUACCCAGCCCCGUCGAGUUGCCGCGAUGUCAGUCGCUAAACGAGUUUCGGACGAAAUGGGUUGUAAACUCGGUGCCGAAGUCGGUUAUGCUAUUCGAUUCGAAGACUGUACGUCGGACAAGACCGUGAUCAAGUAUAUGACAGAUGGUAUUCUACUCAGGGAGAAACUUCGGCUACAUGACCUAGAUAACUAUUCAGCUAUUAUUAUGGAUGAAGCGCAUGAGCGUUCCCUUAAUACCGAGGUCCUCUUUGGACUUCUGAGGGACGUCAUUUCCGAGCGUCAUGAUCUAAAGCUAAUUGUUACGUCGGCCACAAUGGACGCGAGCAAAUUUGCUGAAUUCUUUGGAAACGCCCCAGUUUUCACGGUUCCAGGUCGAACGUUCCCUGUUGAUCUGUUCUUUGCUAAAACCCAGAUCGAGGAUUACGUCGAUGGAUCAGUCAAGCAAGCAAUUCAAAUUCACCUGCAGCCAAAUCCUGGUGACAUUUUAGUUUUUAUGCCCGGACAAGAAGACAUUGAGGUAACAUGUGACCUCAUCCAGGAACGUCUCAGCCAGGUGGACAAUGCCCCGCCUCUAGCAAUUCUACCGAUUUAUUCCCAAUUACCAAGUGAUCUCCAAGCGAAAAUUUUCCAGAAAGCCCCCGACGGCAUUCGAAAAUGUAUCGUAGCAACAAACAUCGCCGAAACUUCGCUUACUGUCGAUGGUAUAUCAUUUGUCGUUGACAGCGGCUUCUGCAAACUAAAAGUAUAUAACCCUCGCAUUGGUAUGGAUGCUCUGCAAAUUUACCCGGUUAGCCAGGCUAACGCCAAUCAACGAUCUGGUCGUGCUGGCCGUACGGGGCCUGGUGUGUGCUUCCGACUGUUUACGGAGAAUCAAUACAAGAAUGAGCUAUUGAUCACGACCGUGCCAGAGAUUCAGCGAACAAAUUUGGCCAACGUUGUACUGCUGUUGAAGUCACUCAAAGUAGAGAACCUGCUUGAGUUCCAUUUUAUGGACCCGCCACCUCAGGACAACAUUCUCAACUCGAUGUACCAGUUGUGGAUUCUGGGUGCGCUCGACAACAUUGGCCAACUAACACCGCUCGGUAGGAAAAUGGUUGAAUUUCCGUUGGAUCCCCCCCUCUCCAAGAUGGUUAUUGUUUCCGAGGAGAUGGGCUGUAGUGAGGAAAUUCUCACGAUUGUCUCAAUGCUUUCGGUGCCAUCGAUAUUCUAUCGGCCAAAAGGUCGUGAAGAGGAAAGCGAUUCCGUCCGAGAGAAGCUGCAGGUGCCCGAAUCAGAUCAUUUGACGUUUCUGAACGUGUACCAGAAGUGGCGAAUGGCGAAGUACUCGUCGUCGUGGUGUGGAGAGCAUUUUGUACACGUGAAAUCGAUGCGUAAAGUUCGCGAAGUCCGGCAACAAUUGAGAGAUAUUUUCCAACAGCAGAAGAUGAACCUCGUAUCCUGCGGAAUGGAUUGGGACGUUGUGCGAAAAUGUGUCUCAUCGGCAUUCUUCCAUCAGGCGGCAAGACUUAAAGGAAUCGGUGAGUAUAUUAAUUGUCGUACGGGAAUGCCUUGCCAUCUGCAUCCCACAUCAGCUUUGUAUGGAAUGGGCUAUACUCCGGAUUAUGUCGUCUACCAUGAAUUAGUGAUGACAUCGAAGGAGUACAUGCAAUGCGUAACUGCUGUUGACGGUUACUGGCUUGCUGAGCUCGGCCCAAUGUUCUACAGCGUAAAAACAACAGGCAAAUCUCGUUUGGAGAAACAUCGGGUUGAAAGGGAUGCCGCAACUCGAAUGGAGGAGGAAAUGGAGAUAGCGCAGGCUCAACUCGAGCAGAAAAAGCGAGAUUUCGAGGCUCAGCAGAGCGCGCGAUCGACCCGAAGCAACAUCUUAACGCCGGGAGCUGCUACCCCUAGAGUCAAGAACACGCCGCGACGAAUGGGUCUCUAAGAGGUCUAUAGCUGUUAGCCACUGACUCACCUGCUUGGACCCUGUUCAAGAGACUUUGUGUCUAGUGAUUUAAUAAGACUCCUAGGUUUUUUACUUCAAUGAAAAUUCUAUUACCGUUGCAAAAACUAGCCUUUACUUCAAAACUUUUCGCAGUGAGACUUGUAUCAAAAAAGUAUGAAAAAAAGUAUGAAACUGUCUCUGUAUAUAUAGUUUUGUGGAUAGGUGAGUAUGCGAUAGUCGCAUUUGAAUUGUGAUUAUGUAAAGUAAUUGAAAUAAGACCUAUACCAUAUGAGAAUUUACACUGUAUUACAGUUUACGUGAAUUCAUUUAGCUCACUUGAUUCAACUUGUAGUCAUCAACAUGUCUUAUGAAUGACCUUUAUGAAUCAUUCUCUCUAAGAAGGUUUUACUGUUGCAUAGUUAUCUAUGCGAUGACGCUUGAUGUCUGACAACCAGCUGCCGGUGGUAUGAGCAGAUAAGGCUUCCUAGAACAUAGUAUAUGCUGGUAAUCAGAACGUUGAGUAAGAUAGCAUCCGUACGGAUUCGAGUUGAAAAUUUAUUGGAAUGGGAACAUACCGCUUUGAGUUCUAUACUUCAAAUAA